GUUCUGUCUCAUCAACAUGUGCACUCUUUUACAUACAGUAGAAACAAUUUCCUUCCUUGUUUUAGUUCACAGAAGGAAGCAUAAAAAUAUCAGCACUGCUUUGCGCUUCAUGACCGAUGACUUUACAAGGUUAUAAAACGACAAUGACAGCCAACAGUCUGAACACUGCUUUGAAUGACAGCACAGCAUCAAACACAACAAAUAAAACUCAGGAUUCCCUUUGCAUGUCAGAGGUGCUAGUCCACCCUUUUUUCAUUGUUUCUUACUCAACAGUCUGCCUUGUAUGUUUGGCAUUGAACACCAUCACUAUGCGAGUGUAUUACUGCACCAGUCUAAGAUUUCAGUCCAGUGUCACUGUCUACCUAAAGAACCUGGCUGCAGCUGACUUCUUCCUCUGCCUUGUUUUGCCUUUGCGCAUUGCCAACUAUACUAACAAAUCAACAGCUAUGCAACACAUUUACUGCAAUUUUGGGGCUGCAGGCUUCUAUCUCAACAUGUAUGCCAGCAUUCUCUUCAUGGAUUACAUUGCUGCAAACAGGUACCUUAAGAUUGCCUAUCCAUUAAAGACUCAUGUGCUGCAAACAGCUCGUGCUGCACGAUGUAUCUCCAUUAUAACAUGGACUUUCUUAUCUACAAUGGCUUUAAUUUACAUUGUAGUGUUUCUGAGCACAUCCUGGGGAGCUGCUCCCAAACCGAAUGUCAUCGGCUGUGAGUCCUUACACACCCAUCAAGUCAGCACGGUAUACAAGGUCAUCCACUGCGUUUCUGCACUCAUCUUCACCUUUGUGUUGCUGUCCCUGAUUCUGUUCUAUUGGAGCACAGUGCGAAGGCUUCAUUAUGCCACCGUGCAGACCCAAAGGAACCACCAUAAACUGAACAGGUCUAAGCGCAACAUGCUAGUGCUUGUGGUGGUGUUCUGCGUAUGCUUUGUGCCCUACCACCUAGUGAGGCUCCCAUAUGCCUUCCUAAAGCCUCUGCUACAAGGAUGUGGUACUUCAGCCAAGUCAUUUUACAUUAUAAAGGAAGUCACAGUUCUGCUUUCAGUGCUCAAUGCAUGCAUGGAUCCAUUAAUAUAUUUUGUCUUUUGCAAGGGAUUCCGGGACCAAUUAGGCAUCAGAAAUUUACAAGUGUGCACUAAUCUGAUGUUGAGCGAAUUCCAAAGAGAUACAAGAAAACAAAGAAACACAGAGACAGGGGAAUCUCAUGUUACAGUAAGACGUGAAAGUGUCAAUCCACUCAACACUCAUAGUACUCAACAGUGUCAGCUAGAACUGCAAACUUUGAGGUCAUAAAUUAAAAAUAACAAUGGUAUUCAGCAGUAACCAUAGAGAUAUAUUCACCAAAACAUAAUAAAUAUUUACUGCCUGUGAAUGAUAAAGAUAUUUGAUGAUUACUUUUUAUGUAACAGACUGUAUUAUGUACAGUGCUAUUAAAGUCAGGUAGAUAAAUAAUUAUGACUGUGUACACCACCACAGCAGAUUAUAAAGCAGUCAAGAUGUGAUCAUUGUGUAGGUGUAAAUAGUUUCAUGGUCAGUUGUCAAAAGACCAAUCAGAGAGAUUCAAUAUCAACAUCAGGCAUGGCCAAAUUUGGUAUUUUUUUGAAAAGAAAGAAUGUACUGUUGAGCUCAGCAAUGCCAAAAGGCCUUGAGGACCACAGAAAACAACCAAAGUGAAUGAUUGCAAAUAAUUAUUCCUUGGUGUUGAAAAACAGCUUCACAAUAUUUUGGCACUCUUACUUUAGUGGGACUUUGGGUAGUCGUAUAUAUAUCUAUAUACUGAUGUAUAUACUGAUGACAGAAGGAUCAGUUGUAAAGAGCUAUAAUGGCCCAAAUCAUACAGUGAAAGCAACCCAAGAGCUUCUUAAGGCAAAUGUUCUUAAAUGGCUGUCAAACUGAAGACAAAACCAAAGGCAGAAAGACCCACAAACAAGCACCGAAACAGUUAAAAUUUGUUUUAAAACACCUGAAAUAAAGUUAAAACUCAACACUAUAGCCACAUAUUGAUUGCUCUACUUAAAUCCAUUGUAGUGGUGUAUAGAGGCAAAAUUACAAAUAUUGUGUCACUAUCCAAAUACUUAUGAACUCUGUAUAUAAACCAUGACCGUGUUGUUUCUGUGUUUAAUGUUAUGUAAUGUAAUGUAACAGUAUUAUAUAUAUAUA